GAUAUUUGGAUUUCUUGUCCUGGGCUGUUAUCAUCUCUCAGAGUUGCGCUUCCCCGACAGAGAGACGAAAACAGUAUUGUCCUAUGAACAACUGGUCGGUAGAUCCUGCAAAUAUCAACGUGGCACAGACGACGCACACAUUCCUCCUCCUUCCUUUCUCGCGUUGCUUUUUCUGCUUGCCAGCCCGCUUCCAGUCUGUCACUCAUUUACCGCGACCUCAUCAAAUCAUUGCAGGCAAGCUUCGCCGCCACAAGACUGAAAAUGAAAUCAUUCCUUGGUAUUUUUUUCAAAUGAUUUCUACAGUGACCAAAAUCCUGCGAAGGAUCAUGUAACAUUUCGACUCGCGGGGAUACAAUAAUUGUCCCCCUUCCCAAGUCAUUUCUAGAAUAUCAUCUCCCUCCCUCUUCCUAUAUAUCCUCCUUCCUGCGUGCUCAACUUCUUCAGGUAUUGUCAGCACUUCUUCAGGGGCGAGAUGGAGCAACCAGAAAAGCCAGCAAAGCAAUCAUCAAAAAGGUCAUCAUUUCCCAGAGACCCUCGCGGCUCGCUCGAAGUGUUCAGCCCUUCGUCCUACUCGACGGACAGCCCAUCAGACUCGCCUUUCCGAUCUCAGCCCAAGUGGAAAACUUGGAUCGAGCCACCAACCGCCGCCACCCACAAGGAUGAAAUCACCAGCACAUCAUGGAUGGCCCUCAAGGACACCGACAGUCAGCCCCCGCAGACUCUGUCCGCCAUUCUUAACGAGCGACCUGAGCCGACCCCGAAAUCUCCGUCCGCAGUCAAUUUCGCCGGAGACGUGGGGACGGCAGCGCAGAGAGCCGCUGAGUGGGGAUUAGUGCUGAAGACAGACACGGAGACAGGGAAGCCGCAGGGAGUGGGUGUGAGACACUCGGGAGGAGAGGAACCGAAUGCGAAGAUCGCUGGAACUUCGAGAAGGAACUCGAACAACUCCGUGAGAAGCUCCGGCGAAUCGUCGGACGACGGAGGAAAAGAAUUGCGGGGAAUUCCGAGAAUUUCCGAGGACCUGAAGGAUGCGCUGUCGAUGUUCCAACAGACAUUCGUGGUCUCGGACGCCACCAAACCCGAUUAUCCGAUCAUGUAUGCGAGCGCCGGAUUCUUUAAGAUGACGGGUUACACUUCCAGGGAGGUCGUUGGGAGGAACUGUCGGUUUUUACAGGGAGCGGAUACGGAUCCAGAGGACGUGGCAAAGAUAAGGGAGGCGCUGCAAGCAGGGACGAGUUACUGCGGAAGAUUACUGAAUUACAAGAAGGACGGCACUCCUUUCUGGAACCUCCUCACUAUUUCCCCCAUCAAGGACGACGAUGGCAAAGUCCUCAAAUUUAUUGGAAUGCAAGUGGAGGUUAGCAAGCAUACGGAGGGGUCCAAGGAGAAGACGCUGCGUCCUAAUGGAUUGCCCGAAUCUUUGAUUCGAUAUGAUGCUCGUCAAAAAGAGAAGGCUUCCACCGCAGUAUCUGAGUUAGUGCAGGCAGUGAAGCGGCCCCGAGCAUUGAGUGAAUCAGGAAAGCGUCCAUUGAUCAUAAAAUCUGAAAGUGGUGAAGAACAGAGACCAGAAAGUUUGCCGAGGAGGAAAUCGGAGAGCCUUGCUACAUUAAGGCCAAAACCACAUGGGGGGCAUCGAAAUUCAAUGCAGCAAAUCAAUGAGCUGCCUGAAACGAAACAGAAAAACUCCCGUCGUCGUUCUUUCAUGGGGUUCAUUAAGAAAAGUCAGCGCAAUGAUGAAAGAUUUGGGGCCAAUGAAGUUGUCGAGGGAAGCUCUGAGAGUGAGGAAGAAGAUGAGAGGCCUGACAGUGUUGAUGAUAACAGCAUACUGACACAAAGGGAGAAGCGAAAGGGUCUUGAUCUUGCAACAACACUUGAACGUAUUGAGAAGAACUUUGUCAUUACAGAUCCAAGACUGCCUGACAAUCCCAUCAUCUUUGCAUCUGAUAGCUUCCUAGAACUGACAGAGUACAGUCGUGAAGAAAUUUUGGGAAAAAAUUGCAGGUUUUUGCAAGGGCCUGAAACUGAUCCAGCAACUGUGAGAAAAAUUAGAGAGGCAAUUGACAACCAAACAGAAGUUACGGUGCAGUUAAUUAAUUAUACAAAGAGCGGCAAAAAGUUCUGGAACCUGUUUCAUCUGCAACCUAUGCGUGAUCAGAAGGGAGAAGUACAGUAUUUUAUUGGUGUUCAACUUGAUGGGAGCCAGCACGUGGAACCUCUUCACAACUGUAUUGCAGAAGACACGGCAAAGGAGGGAGAACAGUUGGUUAAAAAAACUGCAGAAAAUGUUGACGAGGCAGUGAGGGAACUUCCAGAUGCAAACUUGAAACCAGAAGAUUUAUGGUUAAAUCAUUCAAAAGUGGUUCUCCCAAAACCUCAUAGGAGAGAUAACCCUGCUUGGAGUGCUAUCCUGAAGAUCCUAGAAAGUGGAGAACAGAUAGGCUUGAAGCAUUUUAGGCCAAUCAAACCUUUGGGAUCCGGAGACACUGGCAGUGUGCAUUUGGUGGAGCUAUGUGGAACUGGCCAGUAUUUUGCCAUGAAAGCUAUGGAUAAGGGUGUUAUGCUAAAUCGAAACAAGGUGCAUAGAGCUUGCACAGAGAGAGAAAUCCUUGACAUGUUGGAUCAUCCUUUUCUUCCUGCAUUAUAUGCUUCUUUUCAGACCAAAACGCACGUUUGCCUGAUAACUGAUUAUUGUCCCGGUGGAGAGCUGUUCCUGCUUCUAGACCGACAGCCAACGAAAGUUAUCAAAGAAGACGCAGCAAGGUUUUACGCUGCUGAGGUUGUGGUUGCGCUGGAGUACCUACAUUGUCAAGGAAUAAUAUAUCGGGAUUUGAAGCCAGAAAAUGUGUUACUCCAGAGCAAUGGCCACUUGUCUCUGACAGAUUUUGACUUGUCAUGUUUGACAUCCAGUAAACCACAGCUUUUAAUUCCACCUUCAAAUGAAAAGAAGAAACAGAAAGGACAGCAGGCUCCAAUAUUUGUGGCUGAACCAAUGAGAGCGUCAAAUUCUUUUGUUGGCACAGAAGAGUACAUAGCUCCGGAAAUUAUAACUGGUUCAGGCCAUACCAGUGCCGUGGAUUGGUGGGCUCUUGGUAUUCUUCUAUAUGAAAUGAUGUAUGGAUAUACACCGUUCAGGGGAAAGACAAGACAAAAAACAUUUGCCAACAUUCUUCACAAGGAUCUUAAAUUUCCCAAAAGUAAACCGACAAGUCUCCAUGCAAAGCAGUUGAUAUACCGGUUGCUGCACAGAGAUCCGAAAAACCGAUUGGGCUCACAGGAAGGAGCAAACGAAAUAAAGCGUCAGUCAUUCUUCAAAGGCGUCAAUUGGGCCCUCGUCCGUAGCAUGAGGCCUCCUGACCUGGACGGUCCUCUCUUUGGGGAAACUAAAGAUGAGGAGGAAGUCAGAAUUGUUGAUCCUGCGCUGGAGGAACUGCAAACAGAUUAUUUCUGAAAGACCUCAGCUUGAAAGACAUGUCUCUGUCAAGAAACACGUGAUGAGCCCUUGAGUUGUUGAAGAAUGGAAUUUUAUUCCAGUUGUGGGAAGGGCCUUAAAUCUUUUUUAAUUUAUAAUUCGUGUGAAUGGAAUGCAGCUGUAAAUAUUUUGCCAUAUUGUACUCCCCUGAUCACUCUCCACCA